AUGUUUAACUAUCCCGCCGACAUCGCCAACGAUCUCAAAGACGUCGACCUUCCACAGCGCAUCAAGGAAGAAGUAUAUGCAUGCGCAUGGGAGUACGCACGUUGCGUGAUUCCUCAAUACACCAAUUGGAAUCGCUAUGUGGCCUUCAUGCGUGUUAUCGUCAUCGGUAUCGUCGCGGAGUGCAAAGGCGAUUUGGUGCAGGUGUCACUUGGCGACAAUCUUCUGGGUUACAACCUCACUGCUCUUCUGAACGAGCUCUUUCAGGGCACAACUGAACAUGCGGCCAUGGCUCGCGAAUUCCGCUGCUUCCUUCUCAUAACAGCAGACAAAGCAAGCAAACGCCGUGAAGGCCUGUUGUUCAGACGUUACGUUACCGCCCUCGCCAAGUCGCCUCGACAAUGGUUCCGCAUGCGCGACACAGAUGCUCUGAUCCGCUUUACCAUGGGCGCAGCUCUGGUCUGUAACGAUCUCGAUGACGUACAUUAUACCGAAGAACAGUUCGAGGCUUUGGAUGAACUCGGCGCCACUCUCUACGACAGUGUAGCCUUCUACAAACACCGGUCCGAGGGCGAGACAAACUCCACGUUCGCAUACGCGCCUUCCGAUAUCCGUAUCAAGGCUUUCCACCAGUCCCGUGAGUUGCUCUGGGCUCUCGAUGUUGCUUGGGCGGGCAAGCGAGAACACAUGGUUAUCAUCAAUUUCUUACGAUUCUUCGGUGGUCCUAUACAUAUGAUGAUGCGUCGCUACCGGUUCAUCGAAGAUGGAAUGAUGAUUGGUCGACCUGAGACUACCGCCGUCAUCACACAAGCACGCCAACAGUUCAAGCUCUGGAACCGCGUCGACAUGCAGGAUGGCGAUGCCAAGGACGUUGAGCGCUACAACCACUUAAUGGCGAGAAGUGAUGAGCUCAUGUUCGACGGCCUUCGUGAGUUCCUCGACGCGAGCAGCGAGGAUAACUGUAAGGGCUGUCAGCACCGUGAGACACAUGGUGGACAUACUUCUUUUUCGUUUGGUGGAAUAAAGCUAUGCGACGGCUGCAAGGAGUCUUGGGGUGCGUACGUCGAGUCUUUCUCGGCUCGGUUCGCGGAUGUGUUUCCGGAGAUCAAGAACGUGAUGUCAAAUUAA